AUGAUCAACACCAACCACCACCAUCCGUCGCCGCCCUCUCCAACACCCUCGCCCGCCCGCAUCGCCCCCAAGCCCUUCCCCGCCGGCUCCCCCUUACGCACCUUCUCCUCCCCCCACCAUCCCCCUCAUCACCCUCUCGUCCACUCCCAGUCUACCCCUGUGCUGCCUGACCGGAGUAGCUUCGCCUCCACCCCGCCCUUCGAGAAGGCCUGCCGCACCCAGCUCGGCGUCGCCUUCGCCCCCCUCCCCGUCCAUCCGCCCCAGCCCGAGCCCCGCCCCCCUCUCGGCCCCGCCACCGACCUGGACCUUGCCGCCGGCCCAUCCUCCGCCAGCCGGCCCCCGUCCUCGCCCCCGCUCUCCGACUCCAACCGCCCCCUUCCCCCGCCCGCUCUUCCCCCCCCUUCCACCACUGCUUCGUCCACAAAUCGCAGGCAAACACUCGCUAAUGUCCCCAAGGAAGGUCGGUUUCUUCAUCAUGUCGAAAUGGGCUAUCUCGUCGAAGCAGACUCAAAUCAAGCGUCCCCACAGGACUGUCCGAGGGUCCUCUCGGGCCGCGUCCGUACCGGGCGACGGGCCGCGCCUCGAGGCUUUUUUUUCGGCGCCGGCGACCCGACACACAACACCCCGGGCUCCCCUCACCUCCUCCUUUGCGCUUCCGUUGCGCCCGUCGGCCCCCGUUCGGUCUGCACCGCCGCUUGCGGCGCAUCGGCCCUUGGAAUCCUGUCCACCUGGCUAAUGUCCAGUCCAACCAGCUCUCCGCUCACCGGUGGUUCGGGGGCUCAAUCGCAUGCAUCAAGACCCAUGAAGUAA